CAGCAUUGUCUUAGCUGGACAAUCAGAGCUUUGUUUUGACACCUCAGCAGUUGUCAGCUGUCGGGUGUUUUUGUUCAGAGGGUUCAGAGCCACCUCCUCGGGGCUCUGACACCCCAACAAACGGCCCUUGUUACCACAUGACUGGUGUGAGCCUGGUUUUGGGAAGGGUUUCUGGGAGAGGGCUUGUGCUGCUGAAUGGUGACUGUGUGCUGCAUCCUGCAGCGUCAGAGGGGGAGAGUCAGGAACCUGUGUUGGUGCUGGGAUAAGUCAGCUGGACCUCUUCCAAAAUGCUGUUUGUGGAUAAGAAUUGUUUUUGUUUCGGUGUCACACAUCUGUGUCGGGACAGAACACCAAGGUUAACUCCUGCCCACAGCCAGAGCGGUGUUUGUUCUCCUCCUGGGGUGUGAGGAAUGGAUGGGGCUGUGCUUGUGCUCUGAGGAAAGAUGUUCGUUUUUUUGGAGGGUUUUUUUUUUAGGUGGAUUGGGUACAAAAUUGCUGUAUUGUACCCCAAAUCCUCCCCCUAAGAACAUCCACAGGUGCUCGUGCUGCCCUCGGCAGAGCCAAGGCUGCAGCUGGGGGGUGAGCAGGCACCCAACUUCCUCAGCACCAAUGCCCUGUUCCAGAACUCUUGGCUUAGUGGGAGCCAGGGAUUUCACAGCCUCAGCAUGACACUCACAGCUCUGGCUUUGUCUGUAUCCCUGAUCCUGAGCCUUUUGCUUCCCAGGUUUGCUUUCAGGUUUAACUCCACACCUGGAGCAUCUGGUGCAGCCCAGCUGACACGUAAUUCCGAGGAUGGAAAAGCUGGUGGGGAACUGGUUUUCUAAGGGGCUAAAGGAGUCCUGGUCACUUGAUUAAGAAGAAGCCCUCAGUUUAGGGAGCUUUCCUGUGUCCCGCCGGGCACUUGGAUUGCACCUGAGCUGUGCUUAACCCAUCGAGGAGCACUGAGGUACAGCCCAGCUCCAUGUGCUUGGAAGGCUGGAGCUGGUGCUCUCCCCGAAGGAAUUCCAGAAGCCGUUUUUGAAGCUCCACAGUCGGAGGAAUUUCUCUCCUGGAAGCCGAAACGGGGUCGGACGUGAUCUGGAGCUGAGCCCCUUCCCCUCUACCUGAAUAUCCCUGUGAGCAGCAGCAGCCCUGGCACAGAGGCAAGUUCUCUGGGCAGUGUUUUCUUCCAAACUGCCCAUCGUAUUUUGGUUGAAACAGCUUAAUUUGGGAAGUUCUGCUUUUGCCCUCAUCUCUGUGGUGGUGGGACCCGAGGCUGUUUCAGUUCAGCGCAGGAGCUGCGAGUCCAGAAGAAGCUGUUCUCCGGCCACACCUAUCGUUGGAAAAACCACACAAAGCAAACAAACAAACAAAAAAAAUCUGGCAAAGCAUUUGAGCUGCCCCCGCUCACUGACUUUGUGUCGAAGCCACUUUUAAACCCCACAGCAAAGCUUUCCUUCCACCCCAAAGGUUAUUUUGCACAGCAGGGACCAGGAGUGGGGCCACACCAUGGCAACGUUUGUCAGCGAGAAGCUCAGCCGGCUCUUCAUUAAUGUGAGGCAGGUCCCUCAGCUGCUGGGGCCCCUCUCUCCCUCCACCGUCAGCAGCUCCGAGGUGCCCAAGGUCUUCUGGAAGCCCUACAUCCACACCGGCUACCGGCCCGUCCAGCAGACCUGGCGCUACUACUUCUCCACCCUCUUCCAGCAGCACAACGAGGCCAUCAACGUCUGGACCCACCUGGUGGCAGCGCUGAUCCUGCUGCUGCGCUUCCAGCAGCUCUCGCGGCGGGUGGACUUCGGGCAGGACCUGCACGCCCAGCCCCUCCUCAUCAUCAUCGCGGCCUCCAUCACCUACCUGACGUUCAGCAGCCUCGCCCACCUCCUGCAGGCCAAAUCCGAGUUCUGGCACUACAGCUUCUUCUUCAUGGACUACGUGGGGGUUGCUGUUUACCAGUAUGGCAGCGCCCUGGGGCACUAUUACUACGCCAUCGAGCCGAGCUGGCACGAGAGGGUCCGGGGGUUUUACAUGCCGGCGGCCGUGCUCCUGGCCUGGCUGUCCUGUGCUGGCUCCUGCUAUGCCAAGUACCGGUACCACCAGUCCGCCCGGCUCCUGGGCCGGCUGUGCCAGGAGCUGCCCUCAGGCCUGGCCUACCUGCUGGACAUCAGCCCCGUGGUCCAUCGCAUCUGCACCGCGCCGCCCUCGGCGCGCCCGGACCCGGCUCUGCUCUACCACAAGUGCCAGGUGCUGUUUUUCCUCAUCGGUGCCUUUUUCUUCUCGCAGCCUUACCCCGAGAAGUGGUUCCCUGGCAAGUGUCACUUCUUCGGGCAGAGCCAUCAGAUCUUCCACGUGUUCCUGGUGCUCUGCACGCUGGCACAGAUCGAGGCCGUGGUGCUGGACUACGAGUCCAGGCGGCACAUUUAUUCUGCUCUCCAGGGGGACCUGGCACACAACUUCUCUGCCCUUUGCCUCUUCACAGUGACCUGCGCUGUCCUCACAGCCGCCUACAUGGCCCGGAAGGUGAAGAACAAGCUGGGCUUCAAGGAAGAGUAAAAGCCCUGAAGGAGAAGCAGGUGAGCUCAACCUGUGCUGGAUGAAUCCCGCCCCAAACCUUGAGAAGAGGAAUGAGAUGCUUCAUGAACUGUUACUCAGCAAGUGCUUUCUGUAGGAAGGGAAAGUAAAGGCUGCUUUUUUAUGCUUUUUUUUUUUUUUUA